AAUUUGUAUAAUAAAGAAAGGAGAGCUGUAUAUUAACUAUCCAAAUCCCAAGGCUCUCUUUUUCAACCUCCGGUCACCUGCCUGUAAAGCGGGGGCCACAUGCUCUCUCUCUCUGUCUCUCUCUCUCUCUCUGAGUCGGGUUCUCUUUUCAGAGGGCUGCAUAGCAGAUUUUAGGAAUUGGGUUGUUUUGAUAAUGGCGCAAAAGCCUUGAAUACCCUCCAUAGCAACACACACACACUCUCUCUAAACUGCCAUUAUUGUCUUACAUGUUCUGUGCUUUGUGGGUAUUCUACAACUGAUAAUGUUAGUGAAUCUCUGUCAAAUUUAGAGGUGAAAAUGGGGGAAAAAGAUGGUUGGGGUUUGCCACCAACUAGUUCUCCCCUGUACACACAGAGAGAUGACAAUUGGAGGCACUUUGAUAACUCAGUGAAUGCAGUUUCUUUUGGUUUUGUUGCCACUGCCAUCCUCAUCUCCAUGUUCCUUGUUAUGGCCAUUUUUGAGAGGUUUCUCAGACCAUCCUCGUCGGUUUCAACCCCGUCCCGUGAUCGCUACCAUGGAGAUAUUGAGUCCCAGAUGGGCUUCAAUGGGAAGCUUGGUCAUCCAUCACCCAGAGUAUCUGCAAAUGCCCGAGAAGUUUCAGUGUUGAUGCCCGGAGAAGAUAUUCCUACCUUCAUUGCCCACCCUGCUCCCAUGCCUUGCCCCCCUGAACACAUCCUGUGUCCUCCCCAUCAACAUAUCUCAUUGCCUGCUUUCACCUCAAACACCAACUCACACACGAACUUAAGCUCAAGCUCAACCUGAAAAAACAGAACAUCAGAAGUGCCUGCAUCAAAUUUACUCCAACAUCAUGGACCCCCACUUGAGGAAAAGACAUGCACUAUCUUUAGAGUUUAGAUAUACAAGUGCCUUGAUUUUUUCAAUUUGAAAGGUAACCCUUUUUUUCCCGGUAUGCACUUGAAUAUUUGUGUAUAGCACUUGGUGAUUGACGAUGGGCAAGCUGGAUCAGCAUUUCCAAAGAGUUAUCAUUGGAAUAGCAGGCAAGGCUUCGGCUUAUUUACACUGCUAUUAUCAUAUUUUUCACUGUUUUCUGAUAUGAUUUCCGAUGGGUUACCCAUCAAAUGGAUCGAUUUUCUUGUAAAUAAAAUAGAGGAGAAGAGUUGAUGUUGGUAA